UAGGGACUAACUUGCAAUUGUAGAAAAGAAAGGAAAACCUAAAAGUAACCAUUUUCCUUUCACUCUCUCUCACCGCUCCAACGACCCUUUCUCCUUCCGCUCCGUUUCAGCAGUCCAGUGGCGCUGCCUGCUCUUUCCCUUACAGACCUCCCGCUGCCCUCGUCUUCCUUCAACUCGUGUCGCAGUAGCCUCCUUUGUAUAUGUACUUCAAUAUGGUGUGUGUGAGAUAUUAGUCGUUUUUCAAUUUUCUCCCAGAACACUCGUUCAAAUUUAUGUCCUAUGGAUGCAAUAAAUGCAAACCUUGAAGCUAAACUCAAAGAGUUACUAUUUAAAAUCAACUCUUUGGAGAUUAAGAUAUGCUCAGAUGCUACAAAAGAGUUCAUAAAGUUAUUAAAAAGGGAGAAUGGAUGUAAGCUGCUCAAUUUAUAUGCAAAAACUUCCCCCAAGUGUUCAGAGCUUUUGGAUGCUUGGAAGCUUCAGCGGGGGAAGGCUGGAAUGCGAUACAUAUUUUCAUUAGUUUCUGCUAUUCUGAGUCACCCUGAUGGAAUUUACCGUCUUAAUGACUUGGAGAGAUUAUCAACUAGUCGUGUUCUUGACAUGUUAGCUCGAUCACUUGUUGAAGAAUGCUUGGGAGACAUAAAUAGUGAAUUAGGCUCCCAAGAGGUAAAGCGCCAAAAUGCAGCUUUAUUGUUGAUGUCUUCAAUUGUUCGACGUGGUUCACGUUUGGCUUCUCAAGUUGCAAAGAAUUUUGAUUUUAAACUUCGUGCAUUUUCCAAGUUGACUGAGUUUAGACAAAAGCCAAGUCAGAAAGGAUCAAAACAUUCGUCAAGAAAGUUGUUUGUUGGGUUUGCUAUGUCAUUUUUGGAGGUGGGGAAGCCUGAAUUGUUGAGGUGGGUCUUGCAGCAAAGGGAAGUGUAUGCUGGUGUGCUUCGUGGGCUUACAAAUGAUGAUGAAGAGACUAUUACUUAUGUUUUAUCAACAUUGAGGGAUAAGGUCCUUGUUGAUGAAUCAUUGUUACCUCCAGGUCUUCGAAGUGUGCUCUUUGGAAGUGUUACUUUGGAGCAACUGGCCACCAUAUGUGAAAGAGAGAAUGGCGGUCUUGCUGCAGAGACGGCAUACCAGGUUUUAACUAUGGUUUGUACUGAUCCUUGCAACGGGUUGAUGCCAAGUCUGAAAAGAUGCCCAAAUCCUUUAAAAGGUAAUCCUAAACGAUUAAUUGAUCUCAUGAGGAAGUUGAAAGCAACUGGAGUUAUUUAUCAUAGAGACUUGCUUUUGGCAAUUAUUAGGGGGCAGCCAGCUUUCUGUUCAACAUACUUGGAGGAAUUUCCUUACAACCUUGACGACUUUUUAUCACCUAACUGGUUUUCUGUUGUUUCUUUGAUAGUUAAGUUGGUUUCUUCUGUGAGCAGUGGCUUGUCUACUGAAUCUAUUGUUUCUCAAUCAGAUGAUACUACUUUGUCUGACAGUACUUUAAAAAGCAUUUUGAGGUGCCUCUCUUCUCGACCAUUUAAUCGAUCAAUAAUCAACAAAGGAUUGCUUCACUCGAAUAUUCUUGUAAAGCAUGGAACUCUACGACUUCUACUUGAAGCAUUGAAGUUGGUUGAUUCUUUGUUUGUUGUUUUAAACAAAGCAUCAUCCAUCAAUACGGAAAAGAUGUUGUAUUGGUUGUCUCUCAAGCAGGAAUUGGAGAAUGAAGUUCAAAUUUUGCUCCCUGAUCCACAAGUGCUACUUACUCUCCUUUCUUCAUUGGCUAGCCAAUCUAGAGUUCAAGGAGUUAAUUUGAAAAGGACCUCUGGUCUGGAACAUAGCUUCCAUGGUGUUAAAAAACUAAAAACAACUUCAACAGAUCGUGAUACUGAUAUCAUUGUUAUUGGUGUUGUGUCAAAUCCAGAUAUCGAAGAAAAAAUGGGGGAUAUUUGUAUGGUAGAGACAUCCGAACCGGAAAGGGAACUCAUGAUUUCUGUAGCGGAACUAUGGGAUUUGGAUCCAUUGUCUCCUCUGGUUGAAGUGAAGGAUGCAGAGAUGUACUUCGUUUCAAAGCUAUUGAAUGGUCUUACAAUCUAUCACCGAAGAUUGCCACAUACAUUGGAGGGAUCAUUUGAAUUUUUCAUCAAUCUUCUUGGAAAUCCUUUAUUGUUGCCCACUAUUCUGCAACAUUCUUUGUUAUCAUUGCUGAUUGAAUAUAUUCCAUCAUCAUCAGUGAGUUCAACUCACUUUAGAACUCCACCUGGGAUGUACAAGCAUUUGCAACCGUUUAUUACCUUGUUCAUACGUUCACCAGACAGCGACAUAAGGGAUAAGGCAUAUUAUCUGGCCCAAGCUUCUAUUCUAAGUACUGGUGCACUUGACCAAAAUGUUUAUGAAGGUGGAUCAUGGUUCUUAUUUUUAUCGAACUAUGAUCGAGGAACAUCAUUUAUGGAACUUGGGAAAGAGAGUUCAGAGAAUUUAAUUUAUACAGUAAUUUCAUUCUUAUGUGAUGCCAUUUCCACAGUGGGAAAUAACUUAUUCAAAUAUUGGGGUAUUGUGAAGAGUUACACUGACCAGUUAAAAGGUGCCAAAGAUGUCUCUCCUAAUUUCAGCCCAAUCGUCAUAUGUGUUCUGCAGAAGUGUCUAAGGUUGCUCAGCUCUGACUCUGUAACCUUCACCCAACUUGACAAAACUGCUAUAUCUAAUUAUGUGAGCAGUACGCUAAAGUAUCUCCUGCAGACUCAGGUUGAUGCUCAAUUACUGGCCUCAGCGAUUGAAUCUAUCUUGUCCAAGAGAUUUGACGAUAGUGAUCCUUUAGAUGUGGAAUCUGGAAGUUCAAACUGUGAGUGGAGACCAUUGAAAAAUCUAUUACUCUUCUCCCGCAGAAUUUCUACUAUGCCUAGAGAAGAUGUUUUUGGUGAUCAUUGUCAUUUAAUGAAUUACGAAGAAAAUUUUUUUAGCAUGGAGUUUGAUAAAAUUGAAGCAUCGUCCCUUGGGUUUUCUACCUUCUUGAAGAAAGCUCCAUUUCAUGUAUUAUUUCCUGCAAUUAUGUGCACUCGUCGUUCCAAUUCUCUCGUACUUCCGAAGAUACAAGAUUUCCUUCUGCUAAAACUAAGUGAGUUGACAUUUGAUCACCUUCUAUUACCUUAUUUACGGCUAGUCCUAUUUUGGAUGUAUCAAAUACGGAUCUCUUAUAGAUUUAAGCCUUCAGUUGAACUUGAGAAGCUUUCCCAAAUUUGCAUUGUACUUGUCCAGAACAUCUUAGCUAAGUUGCUAGCUACAAGAACUCAAUCUGGUGCUGGUGGAGAUUACAAGAGCUCUCUGUUAAGGCUAGAGGUUCAAGAUGUAGCAGAAACCAUCUUCUCUCAUCCUGCUAUAAUAUCAUCUUUGACCUGCUCCCUAAACUGUCCUGGGAACUUGAUGCUUGAUGCUAUUGAUUUAAAUUUGGAAUCUUUGGUUCAGUUGUCUCGGAAGAGUGUUAAUAUAUUAGAUCAUCACAUUGUCAACUUAUUGACCUCUUCUUGUGAGUAUCUCGUAACCUCAUGUGAUGACCAAGAUUCAACAUUCAGAGGGGUAGUGGAGACUUUUAAUGUCUUUGUACAAAGGCUGUUAUCUGAGUUCAGGGACCGAUUUGAUAUCUUUACUGAGACAAUGGACCUGAUACCGCUUCUCCCCCUGUUUUUUGCUUUACAUGCUUUAAAUCAUUUUAUAUCUCCUUUUGAUCUUCUUGAAUUAGUGAUUUGGAUAUUCAAGAGAGUAAAUAUCAAUGGCUUUGUCGUACAGAAAUCUGAAACGACCCAGAUUCAUGGUCUAUCAUUUGGAUUUGGUAUUGCUGUCAUUGCUUUUAAAGAUGUUACGGGCUAUUUGCAGUUACCAUUAUCUAAAAGAUUACCGUACCAUUUACUCAGGAAAAUGGACGAGAAGGAUGUAUGUAACAUCAUUGAUGAAAUUUACACUAAAACAAAUGUAUGCGCAGUACAUUACAAGUCAGAGUUUGCAGAUGCAUGCUUGCUUGAAGUGGUUAAGGCUAUUUGUGCUAAGAAAUCCAUGCUAUGUGAAUACUUUGAUCAAAUACAUUUAGCAACUUUCAGAUUUAUUAUGAACAUGCCUAGUGAGUUGAUUUCUUAUUGCUUCGAUAGGACAAAUAAGGAAAAAGCUGAACUGUUGUUUUUUCUUACCGAGGCUAGCUCCUUGCAUUUGUCAAUCUUUGGGCACUUCAUUGUGAAUAUUAUGGACAAGCAUUCUUGUCACAUGGACAAUGAGAUGGAAGACAAACUUUUGAUGCUUCUGCCCACUUCUUUGACAUACUUGAAUUCAGUUGUUGCGAAGUUUGGAAAGAACUGCUGGUAUAAUUUCAAAGUCAUAUCUUCAGUAUAUUCAAGAAUUCUUUUUCGCAAAUGGAAGAUCUUUGUGACUAAUAGUACUUUCGAUGAAGAAUUUGGUGAUUCAGUUCCUUCAACUACUCAAGAUUUUAUUGAUCUUGUUAAUAACAGUCUUCUUGGAAAAGCAGUGGGUAUGCUAAGGCACUACUUUGCACUUAAUGGAGAUCUGGUGACAGUGAAGAAGCGAUUGAAAGUUUUUAAUUACAUUUUCCCAGCUUCUUGUUCAACUGAUGAAGUUUUAGGAUUUGAGGUUGAUGAACUUGACUCUUAUUCUCCAAACCAGGUAUUCAAUUUUCUCAGUAAGGUUGUUUCGAAGAUAUCAUUUUGUAGGGUGUUGUUAUUUCCAGAAGGCUGCGGCAUUCAAUCUUUGCCAAGAGAAGAUGAGUCAACAGAACAUUCUUCAGCAAGAAGGUCAAAUAAUGAAGAAUCCUCAAGAUUGCAGUACUUGAAUACUUUGGUGGGCAUCUGGCAGUGGAUAGUGAAAAGAUUUGUUUUUAUCUCUGAUAUUUAUGAAAAAGAAAGGGACAACUCAAGGUUAUUCAGAUACUUGGAGCUUUUCUUACUGAACAAUAUUCUUGACCUAAGCAGAGAAAUGCAUGGUGCGCUUGUCAAACUACCAUCCAUUCCCUUUCUAGAGCAAUUGAUGAGAUUUUCCCUCUUGUAUAGGUUCGAGGAUCCAACAACACUAAACAUUCUUUACAGCAUUCUAGAUUUGUUAUCCGAUGGCAAGUUUGCAGUAGAUGCAUAUUUGCAGCUGCUUCUUGCACACUCCCAGUUUGCUCCCACAAUCCAAUCAACUCCAAAACCUUCUCAUUCCAUUGAAACUUUUUUGAGGCCAAUGUCCAGCAUACUAAGAUCACUUGUUAUACCAUCAAGUGGUCAGCAGGAAACAAAUUUCAAGCAAGAUUCAAAAGCCACUCGGACAGACUUGAAACGGUUGGUAAUUGUUAAGUUGGUCCACAUACUUGUGCUGAUGAAGGUAUGCCAUGGUGGCUAUGGAAAAGAUGAUACCAUAAAUUUCAGGGAUCUGUAUGCACUGCUUCUGUCUUCUUAUGGUGCCACUGUCAGUGAAACUGACUCUACUAUCUUGAUGACAUUAAAUGACAUUGAAACUAUUAUUGGAUCAGAUGCAAAAAAUCACGUCCAAAUGGAUUUCUUAUGGGGGAAUGCUGUAUUGGGAGUUUCAAAAGAACGGCUUCUAGAGCAGGAACCUUCCUCAAAUAUGAACAAUGAUGCUGAAGCUGUUAAAGAACGUCACAGAAAUCAAUUUAGAGAAAAUCUUCCUGUUGAUCCCAGAAUAUGUGUGUCCACGGUGCUAUGGUUUCCUUAUGAUAGAACUGAAUUGGAUGAAGAAUCACGGUUGAAGGAGAAUCGAGUAAAGGAUCUAGAUGAUUUCUUUAAGGGACAUUAUCAUGGUACUGAACCCGAACGUUAUGAUCCAAUUUAUGUCUUGCGGUUUUCAAUUCAUGCUCUGUCAAUGGGAUACAUCGAAGCUUUAGAAUUUGCUACUUUGGGUUUGCUUGCAGUUGCAUUUGUUAGUUUGUCUUCAGCUAAUGACAAAUUAAGAAAAUUGGGCUACGGAACUCUUGGAGCACUAAAAAACACGGUGGAGAAUGGUAAGAGAAGAAAGGGUACCACGAGACUUCGGCUCCUCUUAACAUACGUGCAGAACGGCAUUGAAGAGCCAUGGCAGAGAAUUCCUUCAAUCAUUGCUUUUUUCGCUGCAGAGGCAUCCUUUAUUUUAUUGGAACCAUCCCAUCAUCAUUAUGCAGCAAUAAGUAAAUUUUUGGUGCGAUCUACCAGGAUGAAUAGUAAGUCCAUCCCUCUGUUCAAGAAUUUUCUCUGGAGCACCUCUGUAAACUUCAAAUCUGAAAGGCUAUGGAUGUUGCGCCUAGUCUAUGUGGGGAUUAAUGUUGAUGAUGAUGCCCGUUUAUAUAUCAAGAACUCAAUUCAUGAGGAUCUACAGAGUUUUUAUGUUUCCUCUCUUUCAGAUAAUGAGUCUAAGGAGCUUAUCCUUCAGGUAAUGAAGAAGUCUGUUAAGUUGCAAAGGAUGGCAUUUUAUUUGGUGGAAAAUGGCCUAUUUUCAUGGUUAUGCUCUAUCGUUUCAACCUCUAGCAGGAGACUUACUGAAGAUCAGAAAUCCAUUUUUACGAAGCAGCUGGCUUUGGUAUUAGAGGUUGUCAAUAAUGUCAUUUCAUUCAGAAACAUUUGUGAGUGGUUGCAAAAAGAUGCCCUCGAGCAGCUAAUGGAAUUUUCGUCUAAUAUUUUCAAAAUCCUGGUUGGUGGUGAGCAAUUGCUGCUAAUAGAAGGGGCACUUGUUAAUCAAAUUUUGCAGAUAAUAACAUCCGUGCUCAGAAUAUCACAGAAAAGAAAAAUUUUCCAGCCCCAUUUUACGUUUUCCAUUGAGGGCCUGUUCCACAUUUAUCAGGCUGUUCAUAAAUUAGAUUGUACAAGACUGGGUUCAAAUUCAGCUAGCGGACUCAAAAUGAUACUCAUGAACAUGCCACAGAUAUCACUCCUACGCAUGGAUCCAAUGAGGUGCUCUGGUUUUCUGUCAUGGGCAGUUUCCACCGCUUUAGAGUUCGAUUCUAGAAUGGUAGCCAAUGAAUCUCAUUUGGGUUUAAUAAGUGAAUCUGAUGAAGAGCAUUCUGACGAAUCCUUGACAUCAAAGCUUUUACGUUGGUUAUCUGCUUCUGCAAUUCUUGGAAAGGUUUCCCUGAAAUUUGGUUGCAUGAACCUCCGAACUUCAGAAAGAUUGAGUGCCGAAACGCUCUACUCUCUGUUGGAACAUGUUAAAAAUACACGUGAUCACAAUAGUCUACAAGAAUUUGGUUGUGAGGGGCUCUUAGCUGCAAAUAUUUUCUAUCUUCAACAACAUCUUCAGAGUAGUUUCAUGGUGCUCCCCGUGGUGAUAUCUGCCCUUUGUCUCCUCCUUUUUGAUGCUCUCAUUUCUGCAGAUCUCUUUCAUAGUCAAGGAGCUGAUUUGGCACAACAUUUGUCAAAGAUACGUUGUCCGGAAGAAGUUAAUCCUGCAUGGAGAUGGACGUUCUACCAACCAUGGAAAGAUUAUUCAUUGGAAUUAACAAAUUUGCAGAAGAUGGAUGAAGUUCAUGCUUGUCAAACUCUUCAACUAGUGAUCUCAAAUAUUCUGAGUAAAAAGCCUCUCGAUCUUCAAUUUUUGUUACCUCAAGACAUUGAGAUUUCACGAGUAUUUGAGUGGGAGAGAAAUCUCAUAAGAACCCAAGAUUCAAAUCCUCAACAGAAAAAGGUUAGUCUUUAGAGUCAGCAUUGUUCGUUUUUGUAUACAUAGAUAGCUCAAAGUAGUGUUGAUAAUUGAUCUAGAGUUUAUAAAAGUAUAUAUGUUUAUCUGAUUUGGAUUUAUUUGUACGCAAAUGAGGAAAGAAAAUGAUUGAAAUUUUGACAAAUUCUCAAAAAGUAGUGAAAGAAGUACAAAUGGUUAAAGCAA